CGCGGCCAAGUCGAUCACGAGCUCACCCAUACCUAACAUCACAGAACCCCCUUUUCUCCUCGCACGCCGCGUUCCCCUCCUGCUUUCCCUCUUGCACACCGGCACCAUCUGCUGCCGGCGAUGGACCUUGACGACCCCACUGGUGGGAGCACGGAGGUCCAGCCCCCUCCGCCGUCGGCCGACUACGUAGAGAUGGUGGACCUUCUCGUUUCACCCCCGUCGCCGACAUGGGCCCAGCUGCUGCCACCGUCGACCGUGCUUUACGAUCCUCUUCCUUGGUCGCCGAGCUCCUCCCCGAUAUUUUCUCCUCCGCGGUACCUGGAGGACGACAGCGAAAUGAUACCAGCAUCGGAUUCCUUCCAGUUGUUCCAGUCAUGGUCACCGAUGGGGGCGGUCGACAUGCUGUGGACCUUCGAUGGUGCGCAUAUCCCGUAUCCUGGGAUGAGCUCCGGUGCUCCAAAUUUCAACCUUGUCGCUGCAGCACCGCUGGCACCACAAUUCAACGUCGCCGUGGUGACAGAGUCCGUAUCAGGACCUGCAAUUCGAAGGAGCCAUCGAGGGUUUCGCAUAUUGAACUACGUACUUCGCUGGAUUUUCUAUACAAAGCUCAUCGUCACAAGGUCUCGGAGUAUAGCUUCCCUGAGUGAUGAGAUCGAGACAAUGCGUUGUUACCUGAUGGCCCCUGAGAGAUCUGAGUACAUGGUAAUUACCUUGGUGAACCAGUUCCUAGAGGUGGUUGACUGCCUCAUGGAUUUGUUGGCCAUGAGAUGGUCAGUACCUAGAAAAGCCAAGCAGAUCGAGGAGGUCACAGCCAAAGUCGAGGAUAUCAGCCGAAGGAUUGUGCUCUAUCACCCCCCCAUCGAGGCAGCUGGCCGUCCCAGGAUGCUUGGUGCAGGAACAUUGUACACCGCCGCCCAUUUUGACUAUAUUUCAGCUUUGAUGAAAAAGGUUUUUUGCCAUUUAAAGGUGGUCGGCGAUGCAGGUUUGAGGAUUUGCUCUCAAGGCCAUGCGCUUUUUUGUGAGAACCAUGAGCAGAAUAACAGUACAUGUGCCCGAAAUUCUGAAGGUUCCUACUGUUCAUCGCCCCAGAACAAUACCACUGGAGGCUGUAGAGUUCAACAACAUGAGAAAGGGAGGAAGGGAGUUUCAGUGAAGCAGCGUUCAAAUGCUGGUUCAGUAGUUAGGUUGCACUUCAGCAAGAAUUUUUCCAAUGAUUCUUGCACCGCAAGUGCUCCCUCCACUUAUGGCACGUCUCACCUUUCAAGGCGUCUUGAGAAUGUUCAUCAGAUGGACCUAUCAGGCCACCCAGAAGAGCUGACCAGAGAAAUUGCUGAGAAUGCCACGCCUUUGACUAAAAAUGAUAAGAGUGUGGUUGACAAUGAGCUUGGUGAAAUAUCAACAAAGCGCAACAAGUACACUUCAGGGUCUAAAUCAGAAGUUUGGCUCCAUUUCGAAAAAUUGGUGGCCGUUGAAGAUUCUGGCGUUAAGGCAAAGUGCAUAUACUGUGACAAGGUGUUGAAAGCUGAUUCAAGAAGAAAUGGUACUUCUCGCCUGCGGAGGCAUAUUACAGAUUUUCACAAGAUAAAGUUAGCCAGAUCAAUCGUAAUCAAGAAGAGACAAUCAAAAAAGAAAAAACAAGUAGCCAGCACCCACAGCCAAGCCAAAGACCAAGCUUCUCUUGAUUGCCAUCAUUUCAACAGUAUCGUAAGAGCUGCCUCCGCUAAUGGUCGUCCUCACCAGGGACUACAGUUCACAGAAAUAGCAGAGAAUCCCAUGCCUUCCACUGAAAAGAAGAGUGCGGAAGUUGAACCAGGUAAUAAAUCAAGAAAGCACACGGAGUGUACUUCGUGGUCAAGAUCAAAAGUUUGGCUUCAUUUCUCAAGAGUGGUGAACAUUGAUGAUUCUUGCGUCAUUAAGGCAAUGUGCAGACAUUGUGGCAAGCUAUUGAGAGCUGAUUCAAAAAUAAAUGGCACUUCUCGCCUGCGGAGGCACAUUAUCGGUUGUCACAAGAUAGAGUUAGGCGGAUCAGCGAAAACUACAGGAAGUUAUGGGAACGAUUCAACCGUCAACCAAGAAUUGACCAGCAUCGACAACCAAGCCGAAGAUCACGCUGCUGCUGAAUGCCGAGGAAUCGAGCAUGACAAAGUGCCUAGGGAGAUAAUCGUCCUGGAUUAUCAAAACUCAGGUUCGACGAUCUCUGCAGAGCUGGCUCCUCUUGUCAUCCCUCAUGGGCGGCACCCUGCUUCGUUGUCUUUUGUUCCAGGAGCUUAAUUUGUGGUCUACUGUUUAGCUGAAUAUUUUCUUUGUGCUCUGCAGCCUCCUUGUAGCCAGUAGUUGCAUGUUUAAUUCUUCUGUACCAGAUUUAAUCAAGAGUAUUUCUGCCAUAACAACUCCUUGGACCCAUGUUUUGUACACAACGUUGUAUUCUGCUCCAGGUUCUAUUUCACUUAUGCCCUCUUACUGUUUCA